GGCCCCCACAAAAGUCGUCUACUCGUAAACCAACAGCAGCAGUUUCCGCCGUUCGAUGAAAACGAGCGCCGCAUCACCGUCCGAUUAGAUGGAACCAUGCAGAAUCUCGAAGCUUGACCCAGCAAUGAACGGGUAGAUUUUUUUUAUUUGAAAAUUUUAAAUUUCUUGGUAAGGUUGGAAAACGGUGGAAGACGGCUCCACGGCUCAACGACCACGUGGCGAUAACUGAGUGGUCCGUUGAGUAACAGCGGUGACCUUCUUUCACGCGGCGCCUCUGAACCCUAAAUCUCUUCUCUCUCUCUUGCGUUACGCGUUCCGACCCUGCUCGCUAUAUAUAAUGGCGUUAGCUCUUCAUCUCCAACCAAAUAUUUGCAACCCUAGAGCAGAGAAGCGAGAAAGAGAGAGGGCCAGAGGGGUUUCGUUGUGAAGAGGUUUCUCUCGCUGCUGUGGUGGAUUUUCCGAGAAAUCGAAGGAAAGCUUUCACGGCAGCGACAAAAUUCUCUUUCUGCUUUCGAUCGAAAUGGCUCGCUUUUUCUCCAACGCUAAGCUGAUCUCUGCUCUCGUCGCCGAUAAUGUUUCCCUCGCCGUCAACAGGCGGGGUUAUUCUGCGGCAACUCAAGGGGCAGCGCCGAGCGCGGCCAGAGGAGCAAGGAGCGGCGUGAUAGUGAAGAAACAAGGAGAACAGACGGGGAAGACGACUUCUUCGUGGGUCCCAGAUCCUGUCACCGGCAACUACCGGCCGGAGAAUCUUGCCGACGAGAUUGACGUCGCCGAUCUCAGAAACAUGCUCCUGAAGAACAAGCACUGAUCAAUAGAUGAGUUUUUCAAGAUUGAACGGCGGUGAUUCGUUGACGGUGCUUGGGUCGGACGCUGCACGGGUUUUUGCAUCCCUUCCUCCGAUCUUGGAUUAGGAAAUUUGUCGAAGCUUCUCUGUUCCUCCUAUCGUUGACGACCAGAUUUGUGACUUCGUGUUAGUUUGUUCAUCUGUGUUAUUUUUAGGAAUAUAAUAAAAGUAAUUUCUAUUUGAGAUUGCGACA